AUGUAUAUACACUCUUAUUAUGCAUGCUUGUAUAAACCGUGUUUUGCAGCUAUACAUAAUUAUCAUUGUGCACUAGUGUGGCCUAAUGAUGUGGAGUCUAAUGUAGAACGUUUCGUUAUCAAAUGUGCGAAUGAUUUAUUGGAAUGUCUUCAGCACAUGUUUCUUUCAAACUCUUCACUCGUUGAGCUACAAUGUAGGUGUACAUGUGUUUACCUUGUGUUUGUGGUUGUUUCUUCAGAACUUUUCUUAUGGAAUGUUACUGUGAAUAUUGUUACCAAUAAUUAUGACGUAGGUCACCCCAUUUUUCUUCAAGCUCAAAAGGAAUUAAAAACAAACCUUACGAUAAUUCCCAAAGCCAUGGCUGAGAGAGUGACUACGAAAGAAGCUCUCAAGAAACUUGAUGCUCAACUCGAAUGCUCCCUUUGUCUCGACACUUUUAAGCAACCGAAACUCUUGCCUUGUUUUCAUGUGUUUUGCAAGUCCCCGUGUCUGGAGAAACUAGUGACCAAGGAUGGACGCUCCCUCACUUGUCCCACCUGUCGACACAUUGUCCCGCUGUCAGAGAGAGGAGUGGCUGGACUGCAAUCAGACUUCCACAUCGACCACUUGUUUGAGAUACAAGAUGCUUUCAACAAGGCCGAAGACGACAAUGAUACGAACUGUGGAAGCUGUGACGAUGGUAGAGCCACUGGGUACUGUAACGACUGUGGGGACUUUUUGUGUGACAAAUGUCAAGCUGCUCAUAAGAUAGUGAAAUAUCUACGGAAUCAUAAACUAAUUUCACUGGAUGAACUCAAAGCUCAAGUGACUAGCCUGGUUCCCCCAAAGAAGGCCGUCCCCCAUUGCCCCAAACACUUGGGGAAUGACCUCAAAAUAUAUUGCGAUACCUGCUCCACUCUUAUUUGCAUGGACUGCACCAUUCAUAUCCACAAAGACCACAACUACGACCUGGUGGCUGAUGUGCUGACCAAGCACAAGGAAGAACUUGUCUCCAGUCUCAAACCAGUCAAAGAGAAGCUGGACAGUGUACAACGAGCUCUGAAGGACUUUGACACAAGAGCCAAGGCAAUCCACGAUCAGAGGGCCGCGAUUAAAGCCAACAUCCACAAUGAGAUUGACGAACAACAUCGACUGUUGGACCAACGAAGGACAGAGCUUGUGGGAGAGCUAGAGAUGCUGACUCAGCAAAAGCUUAAGGAUCUGGCGGCACAAAGGGACCAAGUGGAGAUCACUCAGGUGAAACUGACCAGCUGUCUGGAGUACGCUGAGGGGGGUCUCAAAACAGGCACAGACGGUGAAGUACUCGAAAUGAAAUCUUUCGUUAUUAAGAGAGUCGAACAUUUUUCUACUGAAUUUGAAUCAAAUGCUAUUCAACCAGAGACAAAAGCUGACAUGGAACUGAUCACUGAAGGAAAAGAAUCUCUCCAACAUGCUUGUCGAAAUUUUCUACAGAUUGAUCACAGUGGUUCAUUCAGCUUAGAGAACAGCCACACGACAGGAAAUGGUCUGAAAGGUGCUACAACUGGAGAAACAAAAACUGUGUCCUUUCAAGCAAUGACCAAGAACAACAAGAAUUCCAACGGUAAACUUGACCUCAAAGCUGAACUUGUGCAUAUCGAAAGCAAAGAUAAAAGUAAAUGUGAAGUGGUGAUUGUUUGA